UUGACAGCUGACGCGGGACUAGAGUUCCGGGGGUUCUACAGCUGUAGGUUUUUCGUCCAAAAAAUAAAACACGCUUCGGUCCGUCGCUGCGAUUUGCCAUUGUGUGAACAGUCAGAACCGAAUUAAACCCAAUCGAGAAGCGAUUGUAACCAGCGGCACCGCUAACUAACAUCAGAUCAACGAGUUAACAAAAUAAAUGCUAUUCUAGUGUUGACUUUUCUACCUGGAUGAAGUUAAUCUUGACAAUCAACCAACCAGGAGAUUUCACGAACAUCAUUCUUAAUCAAGCUGAGGUUAAUCACAACGCUUCCAGAAGAAUUUCCUGGACCUGCAGAAUCUGUUUUUGCUAUAUCUCACCGAACAAUGAAGCCAGGCAAGGAGAAAAACAAACAAUGCAUAGAAUGUGGGAAACGUUUCACUAAAACCAGCAAUCUCAAACGACACCAGAUCAUUCACACUGGAGAGAAACUGCAUCACUGCUCAGAGUGUGGGAAGAGUUUUAAUACACCGAGUCAUCUCCAACAACACCGGAGCGUUCACACAAGAGAGAAACCGUUUCUCUGCUCAGACUGUGGGAAGAGAUUUACUACAAAGGAUCAUCUCAAAAUGCACGGGCUCAUGCACUCAGAGGAGAAACCGUUUCAAUGCUCAGAGUGUGGAAGGAGUUUUAAUAGAAUCAGUUAUUUAAAGAAACACCAACUCGUUCACACAGGAGAGAAACCGUUUUACUGCCCAGAAUGCGGGAAGAGUUUUAAUCAGAUGAUCACUCUCACCAGACACCAGCGCAUUCACACGGGUGAUAAACCUUAUCACUGUUCAGAGUGUAAGAGGAACUUCAGGCAUUUACAUACAUUAAAACAUCACAGGUGCUAUAAGAUCAGUAACACUCCUUCAAGCAGCCAAGCUCCCAAGUCAGAUUUAAAAAAUACAGUAGCAACCAAUUAGAAACCCUGUUGAAACCACAUCUUUAUAUUUGACAGUGUUGUGUAAACUAAGAUUUUUCAAAUUGAUGUUUAAUUUCAUGAUGUCUCUUAAUAUUAAACUCCUUAAUUACGGCAACAUUUAGACUCUUUGCCCCGAUUCUCUGCGCUAGAAAUGCGCAACCUCUCCGCUUUUAGACUCUUUGCCCCGUUUUUCUGCGCUAGAAAUGCGCAACCUCUCCGCUUUUAGACUCUUUGCCCCGUUUUUCUGCGCUAGAAAUGCGCACUCUCUCCGCUUUUAGACUCUUUGGCCCGUUUCUGACACCCCUGGUUUAGGGUAUUUAGCAGAUGCACUUAUCCAGAGCUACUUGCUUUUUUUUGAUUACUUUUUUUGUUGAUUACUUUAAAAUAUCCAUAGCUGGUUUGAAGAGACUAGUAACAGAAAUAAACAUAAGGUUUAAUGAUGUUUAGACACCUAAAGAAAAAGUGUUAGUUUAGGAAACCUUUGAAAAGAUGAGUCUUUAGUUGGCAUUUAAAGGCUGCAAGUGACUCUGGGAACUGUUAACCGGUGGGUCGAGCUGAGCCAUAUUGGAAGCUCGAAGACUCUUGGUACAGAUCUGGCUUUGACCAUUGCCUCCUCGGUCCGGGGUCGGGUCGAGUUUAAGAAAAUGGUCUAUGAUCUAGACGUCUGUUUUUAAUGCUAUUUUUAUUUUAUAUAAAGCUAUGUCAUGAUAAUCACAAUAUUAUAUAUAAUUAACAAAUCACACUUCUUCAAAGUAAUUUUUUUUUAAGUUACACAAGUUACAAUGCUAUAAUCCCACAGCUCUUACCGCUCCACUUGUCUGCAUUACGCACUUGACUUGCAGCACUGUGUGUGGAUGUUCUUAAUAAACAUUUUUCUUAAAUAAUAAGUCUAUGCUUCUUCAGUGUUGCAAUGUUAAUUAACAUCAUUCUGAACAGAUUUGCUCAUUCAAACAGCCCAAAAAGGUUUUCAAAAUGCUCAGUUUUAAUGCUCUACUU